ACAGAUGCGUAACUAAAUUGAGGAUUUUUCUUCCCCAACAUCUUCGCACAGGUUAUUACAGUAAACAUGUACUCCAAAUGCAAUAAUAUUUGGAUUCCAUAGCCCACUAAAUUGCAGUAGUAAUUCGAGAUUCCGUACAUCCUUCAGUAAUUACAAUAGCACCAUUUACUGUCUUCCUCUCCUUUAAUCAUCUUUUAAAGAAAUGACGGAAUCAACUAAGAAAUCGGCAAAUGUCGCAAUGGAGCAAAUAAUUGAAAACAUGACGUCAGGAAUGCAUAAUUUAGAGGGACAGUAUGUUCAGAUGAACGCGGCACCGUCCGAACAUUCAUGGAAUGCUCCAAACCCCAAUCCCUACAUACGAUAUUCGAACAUCGCUCCCGAUCCUCACAUGGUAUACUCGUUAAACCCACAACUGCCGCACUAUCCUAGAAAUAUUCCCUACAACUAUCUGCCACACGCAAACUUAUAUCCUGCCGAGCCGUACGAGAACGACGUUCAGUGCAACUCCAAUUACGUGAUGUUUCAAAACAAGGACAUUCCCGCAUUUUACCAAACUGACUACAAGUAUUUCCUACGGCAUGACAAGCCACCCCCGCAUGGCGAUCAUUUAAUUCACAACGCGAACGACGUAAGUGCGACUUCGAACGCGAAUCCCACUCAGUUGAUCGACAACGUUGUGGGGAAUUGGGUGCCGAACAUGACCGGAACGUAUUCCCCCUUCGGUAGCACGCAACCGCUGAAAAAGGGCAUCGCGAACAUUUUCGAGGUACAGCAAGACACGGGCUGCUUCAACAAUAUCGCCUCGUUCGAAGAUUGCAAGCUGCUCGACGGCGAAAACAAGGAGGAAGUGCACACUUUCAAUUUUAACCGCGACACGAAAAAACCUCGCAUGGUCGCCGAGGUGAAACCCAUGCGCCCGACGUAUUCCGACGUUCUAUCGAAGUGUGCGCCCCCGGUCACGACGAAACUCGAAAAAAUUGAUCUCAAAGACACCAAAAUACGAAAAGAGAACAUCAAGAAAAGCGCCAAAUGCGAGAAGGUCACGAAGACGUCGGCGCAACAACCUCGUUUGAAGUGCGAUCCGAAGGAGGAACGCAAUGCGGCCAAUACGAAAACCAAGAGCGCCAAGUGCGAGAAGGCGGACGAAAGUCGUAAGUGGGCGUCACUUGACAAUGUCAGCGAGUUAAACGACGACGAAAGGCGCAAGAAGAAAUCCGAGGACAGCCCGUUUAAUACCAAGGCGUCCUUUAGAACUGGUGGCCCGGUUAAAGUUGGAAAGUUCGGAUCCGACUUUGAAGAUGUCGACACCGGGAACAAAAGUGACAUAUUGAAUAUAACUAAGACAACUGUACGUAAGGGGAGUAGGUUGAGUGUUAAACAGAAAAGCUCCGAGUGUUUCGUCAACGGUGAAAAGCCGCCGCCGGGCGCGAAACGUGGCCAGCGGACGCGCAAGAGGGAGAAUCGCAUGCCGUUCGCAAUUAUCGGGCAAAAAAUGAAGCAAUACAUUCCGGGAUGGUGGAAGCUGUUUGUUCAUUUCUGUUUGUGGCUUAUUCAUUUGAUAUUUGAUAUCUGCAUUUUGAGCAUUCAUUUAAGCCGGGAUGUGAUAUGCAACUUUUACAAUUGGAUAACCGUUCAAAGAUCAUCAUUACUCGAUAUAACCGUUACCAUUCUAGGGCGAGUACGAUUUUUUAAAUGGCUAUGGAGUAAAUUCGCGAAGAAAAACGACACGGAAGAAACAAACAGACCGUUCUUGCAUUCGGGUUUACACCACAACAUUACGAUGCCUUCGACCGGUGAGGAAGCGAUGAAGCGGCUGCUCGCCUGCAAAGGUAAAGAUCCCUACAGCAUUCUGGGCGUUACUCCGACGUGUACAGAUGACGAUAUAAAAAGAUAUUACAAAAGGCAAGCCUUCCUCGUGCAUCCCGAUAAAAAUCAGCAACCGGGGGCGGAGGAGGCGUUUAAAAUUUUAGUCCACGCGUUCGAUAUGAUCGGGGAACCGGAAAGGAGAGCUUCGUACGAUCGGGGGGUUGCCGAAUCGGCGCAGGUCGAGCAAGCCUGGAGCGAGCUCACUGAACUUUUAGCGCAAUUACAAAAGAAAGUGGAGGCAGCUGCGAAUACGAUUCGUUGUAGCGCUUGUGGCUUACGACAUAAGCGCAUAAAGGUAGAUCGUCCGAGCUACGCGGCGCGAAACUGUAGCAACUGUAAAAUUCAUCACGCGGCUAGAGAGGGAGAUAUAUGGGCGGAAACUCGUUGUCUGGGAUUCCUGUGGCACUACUACGCUUGUAUGGAGGGUGGCGUUUACGACAUUACAGAAUGGGCAGGAUGUCAAAAAGAAAGCUUGAAGCAUUUACGACCAAACUCACACAACGUUCAAUAUCGAAUAGCACUAGGAAAACAAAACAAUCAGUCCCGUCAUCACAACUCGCCCAGAAGUGAAAGACCUCCGGAUCUUGAAAAUUUACUAAACAGUUUGUACGGGAAUCAGGACUCAACGAUGAAUUCAAAACGUAAAAAUAAAAAGGCAAACAAGUAAUAUUAAACAAUAUAUUCCUCUUCAUGCUUUAGUUGUCUGACGAAUUACAUUUUGUUUAUACAAAAA